GUGCAUGUUAGCUUGCGAUUCCCAUAAAAAGAACAAAGAUUAUAAAAAAGAAGGGGAAGAAGAAGAGGAGGACGAGGAAGUGUUUUGUGAUUGUUUUUGUCCAGUUGAUUAGCGCCGUUUGUCUGACUUUUGGUGAAAAAGAAAUAUAUAAGCGUCCACAUUAAUUCACGAUGAACCUUGAACGUCUGCCCAAUGAGGAGAAACUCGGCCUGUGCAGAAAAUAUUACUUAGGUGGUUUUGCGUUUCUCCCUUUUCUGUGGCUGGUCAACGUUGUUUGGUUUUUUCGGGAGGCAUUCGUAAAGCCAGCCUACACUGAACAGCUCCAGAUAAAAACCUAUGUGAAGCGGUCAGCGCUGGGGUUGCUGUUAUGGACGGUGGUACUCACGACUUGGAUUACUAUUUUCCAGCAUUUCAGAGCACAGUGGGGGGAGGUUGGGGAUUACCUGUCCUUUACAAUUCCACUGGGCAGUCCUUGAGACAUUCUUCAGUGACAGGUCUUUUGAAAAUAACUAACGAUCCACUUUAAUGGACCAAAGAAUGUUCUUUCUCUAACUGCAGUGAAACAUUUGGGUGGUUUGUCUAAUCUUAUUAAAUUGGUGGCUAAAUAACAUGUUAAAAUGGUGAUCUGGCAUAUCUUCAAAAAUAGCUGCCACUGGACCCAGAAAUUCCUGUUGUUUGUUUGCCAAGGCAUCUGAGAAAGUUCUUUGGUUUUUGAUAGACUAACUAAUCUUGUAUAUUUGAGGUAAAUUACAUGAAAUAAUGACUGUGAACCCAAAAACAUUUUUACUGGUAUGAGUGACAAAUAAACUGUACCCACAAUG